AUGGGUUCCGGGGUAGGAAGACUCGGAGAGAAAAGCCACGGCCAUGAGGGGGGAGUCUUCAGAGGAGAGAACGGUAAUAAAACUGACAACACUAUCGCAGCCGCUGGAGACAGCGUUGGUGAAAAUGGCCCGCGUCUGCUAGAUGGGCUGCCCGCAGUAUCGACGGCGAGAGGAAGCAAAAUAGCUGAGGACGAUGUGGACGCCGACGAUGAGGAAAGUGACUGUGAUGCAAACCAGGAUGAUAACAGUCGUACGCAAAGGAAGAAGUUGGCACUCAUCGUUAACAAUGGCGAUUGCGCCAUUGCCCCAGAAAGUAGCCAGCAAUUCAAUGCAGUCCCUUGCACUGACCACCUUCCACAAUCUACGCAUCCUGCUGGGGGUGAAGAGAUGAUGAGAGUGCAGCAAACCUCAAACUCCGUACCCAAUCCCGCAGAAGCAGUGGGUACAGAAACUAUCGGUGAUAGGGAGCGGACGCGUGACAGUGCUGACUGUCAACUCAGACUAAGUGCCUCACGCCGCAGGAUCACACACGGCAGGGACGAUAAAUCCAACAGCACAAAGACAGCGCCGUCCUCGGAGUUUAUCCUGGAAAUGGAUAAAACAGCGAACGGCUUAUCAGACUACCCGAGCGACGGACCUGCACGCUCUAGCACCCAAGUCUCCCUGAGAGAACGAGGGCUGAAAGACAUGACGUCGGUGCACAACCCGCAAGCUACACCCACAAGCAUCCUGCGAAAAAACAGCUGUGAGACGCGUGAGCUAUCCCACAACCUGCAGUCGAACGCAAGCGACACAAACACCAUCGACGGAUCAGAUAUCCCCUCGCGAAGCCCCCGAAUGGGGCCGUCUCUCCCCGUGUCAACGAACAUAAACGAUGCUGAUAUGCUUAGUAGUCACGAGGAGAUGGAAGAUGACCUACAGCGCAUCUCUGCGUUGAUCAGACGUAUGCACCAGCAGGGGAAUGACCCCCUACCGGGGGAAGCAGGGGGUGCCUCUGUGGGUUACUACCCGUAA